CGGUAAGAGUUUUGGCCCCGCCCCCUUUCCCGGAAUUGCAGCUUAUCACCUCAAGAUUGAUGCAUGUUUUCAUCAUUGUCUUAAAAUUGCUGAGAGUUUGGAUAAACAUGGCUCAACUCCAACAAGGAGGUCCUGAUGAAAAAGAGAAGACUACAGCAUUAAAGGACUUGUUGUCUAGAAUAGACUUGGAUGAACUGAUGAAAAAAGAUGAACCACCUCUUGAGUUUCCUGAUACUCUUGAAGGAUUUGAAUAUACUUUUAAUGAAAAAGGGCAGUUAAGACAUAUAAAAACUGGAGAGCCAUUUGUUUUUAACUACCGAGAAGAUUUACAUAGAUGGAACCAAAAACGCUAUGAAGCUCUUGGAGAGAUCAUCACUAAAUAUGUAUAUGAAUUAUUGGAAGAAGAAUGCCAUUUGAAAAAAGUAUAUGUUCCAGUAGAUGCAGAAGAGACUGAACCUAGGAGUUUCAUCUUUAUGAGUGAGGAUGCACUGAUAAAUCCUGAUAAACUGAUGAUUUUAAUUCAAGGCAGUGGUGUUGUCAGAGCAGGACAGUGGGCAAGAAGGCUUAUUAUAAAUGAAGAUCUGGACAGCGGCACUCAGAUUCCUUAUAUUAAAAGAGCUAUAGAGGAAGGCUAUGGAGUGAUAGUACUGAAUCCGAAUGAGAAUUAUAUUGAGGUUGAAAAGACAAAAGCUCAAAUACAGCCGUCUCCAGAUAGCUCAGAUGAACCUGCAGAAAAAAAAGAGAGAAAAGACAAAAUUCCAAAAGAUACAAAGAAGCGACGAGACUUCUAUGAGAAGUACCGAAAUCCACAAAAAGAAAAGGAAACGAUGCAAGUCUAUAUUAGAGAAAAUGGCUCUCCUGAAGAACAUGCAAUUUAUGUGUGGGACCACUUUAUCUCCCAGUCGUUAGCUGAAAAUGUAUUUGUUGUUGCUCAUAGUUAUGGUGGAUUGGCAUUUGUGGAAUUGAUGAUUCAGCGAGAAAUAGAAGUAAAAAAUAAAGUUACUGCAGUGGCAUUGACAGAUUCAGUUCAUAACGUGUGGCAUCAAGAAGCUGAUAAAAUUGUUCGAGAGUGGAUGCGAGAGAAUUGCUGUAAUUGGGUAUCAAGUUCAGAACCUCUGGAUGCAUCAGUAGAGUCCAUGCUACCUGAUUGCCCACGUGUUUCUGCAGGUAUGCAAUCUCUGUUCCUGAAAUAA